AAAAUCUAAUGAGAUCAUCAUCUGUUAUUUUGGUUGUUUUGGCAGCCACAGUCAGCGCAACUUUUAUCUAUAAUGAAGAUUUGGCUAAAGAGGAGGCUGCUCUCUCUUUUGCUGCCUAUUGUCCUAAUUCAGCUAUAAAUAAUUGGAAAUUGGGCUACGUAAGUGGCAACUAUCCCAAUAUUUAAAAUCCUCAAGUCUUUGAAAAUAUCAUCUAAGUAAGAAAAUAAAGACUUAUUAUUUUAGGGAACAAAAGGAUAUAUCGCUUUCAACCCCACUUACAAUGCCAUAACAGUAGUCUUCAGAGGUUCAAGCAAUAUCUAAAACUGGUUGGACAACAUCCAAUUCGACAAGGUGAAUUAUAAUGAUGCCUGCAAAUGCCAAGUUCACAAGGGAUUCCUUGAGGCUUUCAAUUCCCUAGAGCCAUAACUUGACACCCUCUUUGCCAAGUACAGAAAAAUGUAUCCAACUGCCGUCAUUCACGUUACUGGUCAUUCUUUGGGAGCUGCUAUGGCUACUUUAUAUGCUACGUAGUUAGCAAUCGCUGGAAAUUCGCUUCAAUUAACAACUUUCGGAUUACCAAGAGUUGGUGACACUGCUUAUUAUAAUUACUUCUCCUCAUUUACUAAAGUGACUCAUUUCAGAGUAGUGCAUGAGAAGGAUGUUGUGCCACAUGUAAUUUGAAUUGGUUUAAAUUUAGGUUCCACCAUAAAACUUUGGAUUCAAUCACGUUGAUAGAGAGAUCUGGUAUCACAGAGCAUCAUACACUGUAUGCUAAUUGGAUGAGGAUCCCAAUUGUUCAGACUCUGUUCUUAUUCCAUCGGUUGCUGAUCAUAGUUUCUACAUGGGAUGGAGCUCUUCGGUUGAUUGCUGAUAUUUAACAUUAGAAUACAAUUAAUAGCG